AUGCUGCUGGAUAAUUCCUCAUCCCUCUCAGGAUAUGUUAAACUCUUGUUCCUGGCUAUAGCUGUCCUUGUGGUCCUGGAUCAGGCUUCCCCAGAUGGAUGGACCAGAAAGUGUAAUUAUGGAACUGGCAUGUGCAGGAAACAUUGCAAAGAAAGUGAGAAGAAGAAAGAAAAAUGUGGGUUAAGAAAGCUUUGCUGCAUCCCUAUAAGGCAUAAAUCAUUAAAACUUGCCAAAAAAGAAGAGACAACACAUUGGAUUAUGGCAAGUACCACUAAAGCCAUCAUGACAAAGAAGCACCCACUGCAGAAGCGUCCAGAAAACCACAACCAGGAGUACGCAAGUAUAAAGUGCCUGUCUGAGACAGCUGUGCCUUGCGGAGUCAUCAGAGCUAUAGAGGCCACGGACACAGAAGCAAAGCCUGUUCCCAGAGAACUGGGUUGGGCAGAUGAACCCAAGUUGUAA